UCGGCCAAAGCCCGGGAAGCUGCAGCGGGGGCGAUGGCCGCACCGAGUCCCGGGCCCCGCGAGGGCCGUUGGGAGCUCUCAGCCAGGGUUGGGCACGUGGUGGGUGCCCACGAGUAACGGCUCAGCUGUGUGAUCUCAGCCCCUGCCGCCCCUCGGCGCGGGCCUGGAGGAAGUCAGCAGAGGCGGUGGGGUAGAUCUGAAGGAAUCGCGGGCAAUCACAGUGCGGCAAGCAGGGCUUCCUGUGCAGGAGCUCAAACUCAAUGGCCCUGGCCUCCUCCCCAGAGGCUGGACAAAGAGAGCCGGUCUCAAGCUCCAGCCGCCACCGGGGCCUCCUUCGGCGCCUAUGGGACAAGCAGACUCGCCUGGGGCUGUUUGAGAUCGGCCCGAGGCAUGAGCUCCACGGGGUGACGCGUAUGAUGCAGGCAGGGCUGUGGGCUGCCACCCAGGUCUCCAUAGACCAUCCCCCCACGGGGCUGCCCACUCAGGAAGAUUUUUCUGAGGUCCUGACCCAGGUUCAUGAGGGCUUCGAGCUGGGCACCCUGGCCGGCCCUGCCUUUGCCCGGCUGCGGCGCUCCCUGGGCCUGGCGGAGGAAGACUACCAAGCCGCGCUGGGCCCUGGUGGCCCCUACCUGCAGUUCAUCAGCACCUCCAAGAGCAAGGCCAGCUUCUUCCUGUCCCACGACCAGCGCUUCUUUCUCAAGACCCAGCGGCGCCGGGAGGUGCGGGUGCUGCUCGCCCACCUGCCCCGCUAUGUGCAGCACCUGCAGCGGCACCCGCACUCGCUGCUCGCGCGGUUGCUGGGAGUGCACAGUCUGCGCGUGGCCCAGGGAAAGAAGAAAUACUUCAUCAUCAUGCAGAGCGUCUUCUACCCCGCCGUUCGCAUCUCCGAGAGGUACGACAUCAAGGGCUGCGAGGUGAGCCGCUGGGUGGAGCCGGCCCCUGAGGGCAGCCCCCUCAUCCUGGUGCUGAAGGACCUCAAUUUUCAGGGCAAGACCAUGAACCUGGGGUCACAGCGGAGCUGGCUCCUCCGUCAGAUGGAACUGGACACCGCCUUCCUGCGGGAGCUCCACGUGCUGGACUACAGCCUCCUGAUGGCCUUCCAGCGUCUCUGUGACGAUGAGCAGGCCCAGGGCAGCAGCAUCAUCUUCCACAUCGCCAGGUCUCCGCAGAUUACGGAGGAGCCGGACACCCAGAACUGCCGGCUGCUGCCCGACGGCCCCAAUGCGCUGCACGUCCUGGACGGGCCUGAGCACCGCCACUUCCUGGGCCUGGUGGAUCUCGCCACGGUCUACGGGCUUCGCAAGAGGCUGGAGCAUUUGUGGAAAACGCUACGUUACCCAGGCCGGACCUUCUCCACCGUCAGCCCGGCCCGCUACGCCCGGCGCCUCUGCCAGUGGGUGGAGGCGCACACCGAGUGAGCGGUGCCUGGCAUCGACAAGGGGCGCUCGCCAGGAGCUCCGGGGCUCUCUGCACCCGGGCCACUAGCCUGCUGUUCCGCCGGUGACCACGAGAGGGCAGCGCCCUCUGAUCAAUGCUAUGAUUUCUCAGCCCUGUUCUGUGGUGGAGCUGUACCCCGGGUCGUGCCUAGGAUGAAGCCCCGCGUUAGCUCAUUUAAUCUUCGAAAUGCUGUUAUUGUAUUUUCACAGACCAUAAAAUGGAGGCUCAGGGGUGAAGGGACUGAGCACCAUCUUCAGCACUAAUGCUGGACCAGGCUCCACCUUGCCUUGUGGCCUCAGGCGUCUGUGUCCUUAGCCACGGGCUCCUGCAGCCCCCGCCUCACUAUCUGGGUGGGGUAGGGGGAGGCUGAAGGCUCCGCCUCCGGUCGUCCAGAUGGGGAAACUGAGGCCCAGAGACUUUAAGGGCCUUAUGCAUGGGAAAUGCCAGCCUGGACUCAGAGCCCAGUCCAAAGUCCAACCCAACCAUGCAUGCCCAAGGAGGCCUCUGCUUCAGAGCUGCUCUAGGGCCUGGCUGUGUGACCAGGGCAAGGUGCUAACCCUCUCUGUGCCUGUGUUCUCAUGUGUGCAGUGGAAAGAAUGAAAACAGACCUCAUUAAUUCAUUAAAUAUUUACUGAGCAUUGGCCACAUGACAGGCUCUCUACUGGGUGAUGGGAAGCCGGGGACAGAGCAAGCUGCCUUCCUGGAGCUCAGGGGCUGGGUGAUAACAGGGAGCUGUCGCCACCAAACUUUGAGGGGAAGUGAGGCCAGGGAGCCAGGGACACAGUCUCACCACUUAUGUCCUGGAAGGGGACAGGAGGGGCUUAACCCCCAGAUGGGACCAGAAGAGUCAGACACCACUUGGAGGGGCCCAGACCCCGACACAGCAAAGCCUGGCUAAGAGGACAUUUAGAGAAAGAACCCAUCUCUGGUUGGGCCACCUGCCACCACCAGGGGCCGCCAAGGACAGGUGGCUGUCAGGAGCCAGAGGAAGGGAGCGCUGCUGGCCACAGGGAGGCAGUGGGGUUUCCGGAACAUCAGCGUCACUGCUGACUGGACGACCUCGGGCGAUUACUCAACCUCUCUGAGCUGGCCAGAACCACAAGAAUUUCUUGUUCUUACUC